AUGACAUUUGUAUCAGUAGGAGGUUCUUCACGUAUAGCCAAGGUCCAGGAAUUGCUAAGUCAAUUAUUUCAGGGAAAAGAGCUCUGCAAAUGUGUAAAUCCAGAUGAGGUAGUUGCUUAUGGUGCAGCUUUACAUGUAGCUAUACUCAACAAGGAAAACAUCAACUUGGUCUUGAUGGACAUGACUAUUUUGAGUCUUGGAAUUGAAGUUAACAAUGGGGUCAUGAAAGUAAUAGUUCCCCGUAGUACCCACAUUCCUACUAAGAAAGAGACAUUUGUCACCACAAGAUUUGAUAACCAGAUAGGUGUAAGUUUUCCAAUUUAUGAAGGCGAGAGAGAUUUGGUUGUACAUAAUAAUUUGCUUGGUGAAUUUGUCCUAAAUGGAAUUCUACCUAUGCGGUGUGGGGUGCAAGAUACAAGAGUUCACAUUCCAUGGAGAUGCUUGAGCUGUUGA